AGAGGGAGGAAAAAAAGAGAAAAAAAAUACGCCGCGACAAUGGCAACAUUGAGCAUCUCUCGGAGAGGCAGCAGCCUGUAGAUACAGGCGAGGGGGCGCCGGAGGAACCGGAGGAACCGGGACUUUGGAAGAAGCGACGGCCCCCGCUCGAGCCCAGAAAAGCGGCCACAUCGAGGACAUGCUGGCUGCCCUGCAGCGCGUUUCCUGGAAUACCGAUUCUUCCCGAAAACUGAGAGAAAUGGAGCGACGGGGGAGAGGAGAGUGUCUCCAUCAGUGAGAGGCGCGUCCACCUGCUGGUUACUGGAGGCCCAGUAGAGCUGCUGCUGCUGCUGCUGCUGCUGCUGCACCAGCAUGCAGGGGAAGUGUUUGCAUUUGCAUGAAAGGCGCAUCUCUGAUACUGUCCAGAGCAGCUGAGAGGGAUCCCAUUGCGGCGGUGGGAGGAAAAAAAAAAAAACAAAACAAAAAAAAAAACGCAGCUCUGGAGGUGGGACCUGUCAAAAUGAUGCGUAGAUGGUGCACCGUUGAGCAGUAUUGAUGGAUGUGUUAACAGACAGCAGUCUCACAUUGAUUGUGAAGACUUCAGAAGCAGAGAAUGCAAAUGUUGUACAGAAUACAGGGGUAUGUGAGCAGAGUGGUGAUCUGAGUCUGUGCGGGCUCAUCAAUGCUGCUCUCCCUCCGUCCUCCUCACCUCCUCGUGCUGCAGAGACUUCACAGCAGGCGUGCCCAACACACCCGAGGACCACCCCUGCAUCAUCGCCAUCUCUCCACCUUCCCCUUGGCGCCGAUCCCUCUCUGCGUCUGGCGGUGGCACCCUGCCCUCCCUCCGACGAUGCUCCAACUGUAGUCCCUCAACUACACCGCACUCCCGCAUCCCUUCCCAGCUCAGCUGUAACCUCCUGGGGUCGAGCAGGAGAUACCAAGAAAACCUCCCCUCCACUGCCGGUUGUCCUUCCUCUAUCAGCCACGAUGAUGGAACCCGGCACGGUGUCCACCUUGACGGAGGAGUGUCUUCUUCAGCCUGCCCGAACUUGCCUCGGCUGCUAUAUUGAGACCCGCGAUGCUACUGACCCUAAUUCCAUCCAGAACCCACCCCACGAUCCUAGCGCCAACCCUGACACAGACCCCGGGCUAAGUGUUCGGAUAGGGGAUGUGAGUCGAGAAGACUACUCUGACAUCAACAACAUCAGCAUCCAGUGCCUGAGCCAUGCGGGGGAGGCGGUGAGUCACUACGGGGAGCAGCUACUUUCUGACCAGCUACUUAGCUUUCCUCUGCCAAAAACCCCAAAUGAGGGCAAGAGAGCAGACGGAAACAAAACAACAGUGGACUGUGAUGACCCCGAGGACGAUGCAACAGCUAAGAACUUGUAUGAGGGUCUGUUACUGGAUAAAGUUAGUGGGGAAGAGGUUCUGCUGGCUAACGCCAGUCAGGACUGGGGCUACUUUGAGUCUUUCAUCAGUGAGAGUAAGAUGGAGCUGCUGGACCUUUGUUCUAAGAACGAACUUUCAGUCAACCUUUUCUCCGAGGAGGACGUUGACAACCUGUUUGAUGAUGAAGAUGAUGAUUCAACAUUAAGCAGUGACGUGUGCUCACUGAAAAUCCGUUACGAGUCUUUCCAAGACAACAUGAGGGAAAAAACAAAUGUGCUGCAGGAGGAGACGCAGUUCAACUUCUUCCCCAGCGUCCUGUCCAAUUGUGCCAAGAAAGAUGAUGGAGCAUCCGUCUUGAGGAGGAGCACUGAGGAGCUACAUCCUAAAACUGAUGACCUCAUCAUGGAGAUGGCCCAGGAGGGGAAACCUGGCGACUGCAGUGGUCGGAGUCCACUUGACGGUUCUCAAGGUUCCCCCAUGUCCAGCUCCAAAGUCAGUUACCUAAUAGACUUCAACUCCACAGAGGAGUCAGGAGAAUUCAGUGAUGACAGCUCUUGCACUGGCUCCUCCUCAGACACUCUGCAGGAGGGUAAGUUUAAAAAGGGUCACUCUAAGAGAUUUCUCAGCCCCUCGAACCCUCUCAAUUACGGCCUGCGCUCCAAGAGAAAGGUUCGAUACAGUGAUGAUUACUUAUAUGAUGUUGACUCGCUUGAAAGUGAAAAGAAUGCAGAGAAAAAAGAGAAAGCUCCCUCUGGUCAGAAAGAAGAGGAGGAUGUAGACUGGUGUCCCAAAAGACGUCGGAAAUCAUGUCGCAAAGAGCCACCUGUGGUUAUUAAAUACAUCAUCAUCAACAGGUUUAAAGGAGAGAGACUCAUGUCGGUGAAACUGGGCAAGCUGGACCCCGUGGAUGCAACUGUGAGCUUAAAUGCAGAAACAGUAAGCAAAUAUGAGACACUGGCUCCUCUGAAAGAUUUCUGGCAGGAGAAGCAAAGAGAGAGACAGGAGCGGCUUAAGCUGGCUGCCAGAGAUAAACGACAACGCGGUUUUCAUCUAAACGGACGCCAUCAUCGGCCUUUCAAUUCUAGUCAUCCCAAAAGGAAAUACAAGAUUGCAAACAGGCUUAAGGUUCAGAGGAUUCACACAUUGGAGCAAUCAGCAACAGCACAGGGCUCCCCUUUCUCUGAUCAGGGCCAGGGAGGUGUCACUAAAGAGGAGGCCACCCCCACGGCAGGAGGAAUAAUAGCAGCCCCAGGCCUCCCAGUCACAUUAGACACAAAUGCCAUCAUGCACACAGUCAGAUCCAAGAGCCGCUCCCAGGAGAGGGAGGAGAGGGAGGGGAGGAGAUGGGGAGGAAAUAAAACAUUCCGGAUAAGGAAAUUCAAAAGCGAAGCCAGGCUGCGGAGCACAAGAAUGAAAGCGGCAGAAGCAGAGGAGAGGAGGAGUGUGACAAAUGAGACGGAUGCCUGUGUCACUGUGGCACAGAUUGAGGACACUACUGCUGGGUUAGAGCAGGGAAGCAGUUCAGUUACAGUCAAACCUUGUUUUUCUGACAGUGCCACCACUACUCCCACAUCUGGGGAGAAAUUCCCCUUUGUUUCAUCCACCUGUUCUCCCGACAAAGCGUCCUCCUCAGAGGAGGUGGAGACGGGUGUCCCUGUCAUCCCUGGGGGCUACCUGCAGACCCUGCUAGAUGCUACAGACUCCUCCAGUGGAGCAGCGAUCUCCUAUUUCCCCCAGCAGUCAUCUAGGCAGCAGUAUUCUCUAGGGCUGUCCCUGGAAGAGAAACAGUUUUCCUCUCUGCAGCUCGCUCAAAGCUGUGUCCUUUCCCCUCCCUCUGAGUCAGAGCUCCAGCAGUCACCCCAGAACUGCCCCAGCUUCCCCCAGAUGUGGCACCCACAGCUCUGCACAAGUCACAGCCAGAGCUUUGGGCCUGAAACCCCUGAGACUCCCAUCUUACCCAACAACUUCCCAGCUGCUGUGCCCCUGAAUGACAGCCUGCCAGUCUCUAACUACAGCCAGCUGAGCCCUGAGGCUGACAGACUGCUUUAUGAGAAGAGCUACCUGACAGAGGCGGGGCUGCAGCCUGGAGCAGAUCUGCAAGUGUGUCAGUCUGCCUGUGUGGAGGGCCAGGUGCAAUACCAGAGAGGGUCCCUGUGCACAGACAAUGGUCGGCUCAUCAGUUAUGACUCAGUGGGCUCUCUGUCAGCCUCCUCCAGCAAUUACAGCUCUCUCAGCCUCAAGUCUUGUGAGCGAGAGGGCGAGGAGGAGGGCCGAGACAGUUUCUUAGCUCACUGCAGUCCUAAAGUGGUGAUUCAGCAGAGUGUGGAUGCCCUUACCCCACUAAGGGAGUCCUCAGAUUUGCUGGAUAUCUCCAACUUCACUCCUGACAAGUUCAGACACUCAUCACUGUCUGAACUUUCCCCUCCCGAGACCCCUAACCUAUCACCCCAGGUGGUGGGACGUGAGAUGAAGAUAGCAGGGAAUGUUGGGGAAUACCAGGAUGUGAAUGAUAUCAUAGACUGCAACAGGGAGGUGAAGUGGAACUGUGAUGCUGUACAGCAACAGGAGCAUCAAACUAACACAUACACAGUGGAGGACAGCCAGUUUCCAUUGCACAACUUCAACAGUCAAGAUAUCGCAGGUUUAGAUGAAAAGGAGUUGGGAGUCAACAAAUUCGAUGAACAGACGGGUGAGAUGUUGGAUGGUGCAAAGAGCAUUAAGUCGAAGAGGAAAGGUGGCUGCAAGCAGACAACUGCAGGACAGAGCCCAAAGAAACCCCGGGCUCCCAGAGCUCCCAAGUCAGAAAAGGUCAAGACUCCCAAACAGAACUCUCGGUCCACCAAAAAGAUAAAGGCAAUGUUAGAGGGUAAGGCAGCAAAGAACCAGGCAGGUUGUGGUACGGGCCUGACUGACAGUAGCAGCACCGGGGACUGGCCUGGCACCGGCUGGUCAGAGAGUAACAGUCUGGUCGGGGAUGACCAGAGAGAAUUCGAGGAGCCCUCCAAUAUUCUGUCCAACAUUGUCUCUGGCAUGGCUGAGGUCCAAAGAUUCAUGAUGGCCUCCAUCGAGCCACUGUGGAAUCCCAUGUCUGAGGCCUGCAUGCCCUCCGAGGCCAACAGCCUGAACCUAAAGACCCUCAAAAUCUUGGCAGGAACGGAGGCUGACUUGAAGAAAAAAGGAACUGUGCUAACGGGGGCUGGCAGAGGCAGAAAGGCGGGGGGAAAGGGAGGUAAAAACCAGGCCAAAUUCAACCCAUCUCAUCCCUUAUUCCCUCAGCUAGCCCUGGGUUGUAAUAUGUUUGACAAACCCAACUUCAUUAAUCCCGGGCCUGCGCACAAAAAGCUAUACCGCCACAAGACCAGUGCAAAGUUCCCUCGGAUUGAGACACUGAAGGGGAAGCGAGCUGAGAGGGACCCAAAUAAGGACAUAGCACUGAUGACUUCUUUUGAGAAACUGAGAAUAUGGAUGUCCUGUUGUUGCUGUCCUUCAUACACUGCCUGGCUCAUUUCAAGAGGGAAAACUACAGUUAAUGAGCCCUAUUUAAGCCCAAGACAUCUUAAACACACAAGAUGGGACCAUUUUGUAUUGAUGACAUAUCAGAUGUUUGUUGUUUUGUUUUUUUUCCCCCUCAGUGUUGGAAUGACUCCCCAUUUCUUUUUAUCAAGCAUUUCUUUUUCUUUUUUUCUUUUGGAUUUUAAAUGAACUGGUUAUCUAAAUUAACAUUUUUACGCCUUGCAAAUUCAUAAAAGCUCCACCCUCAGAGUAUUUUUGUCAAUGUUGUUGUACAGGGACAUGCAAUAUUUGCAAAAAAAAAGAAAAAAAAAGAAAAAAGAUAGUUAUAAUCUUAAAAUCAAUGUGCCAAAAGUAACAAUGCUGUGUAAAUGACCUCUUAUAUAUGUGUGAAUAUUGGCUGUUCCUCUUUUCUAUCCAUUGGAAUAUUGGCUGCUCGGGUUGGAGACUCCUUACAGAGACUUGCAACUACAGGAAUUCUUUAUUUGAGACUUUUUCCUCUAUCCUCUCUGACGAAAGGCACCAACAGCUGACAGUGGUACAUCACCACUCACUAAACCAAAUCAGAAAGACGCUGAAUUUUUCCUCGUUCCCCCCCACUUUGUUUGCCAAAUUCAAUUUACCUCAACAUCGCCUGGCACUGAGAAGCAACAAAAGAGAGGCAAAGGGAAGAUCUGCUCUGAAGGCCACUGUAGAGGAACAGGAUGAAAAAAAAAACAACAAACAAAAUAAAAAAGAAGUUCAUACGAGAUCUCUCUGGAUCAACGGGAGGGUAAUGCAGAUGUCUGAGGGUAAGGAAGGGAAUUAUUUGUCAUCUGGGGCUGUGCCCCACUGAAUAUCUGUUUGUGCCGGAAAAUAAAGACAAAUUAUUACUUAUCUGAUGCGUGCAUCAGAAUUGAAUGGACAUUUUUGCAGUUAGGUUCAUUGUGAAUGUGACAACAGUUUUCAGUAUAAAUGAAAUCAGGAGUCUUGUAAAUGAAGAAAAGCAUGUCUUUGCAUUUGCUCCACAUGGAAAUUUUACUUCUGUCUGGCCUGAAACGGUCACGUGAACAGUAACUAUUCACAACAUUCUCAUGUACUUUAUUUCCUAACACUGCCUUACUUUAUAGGUUGCACCGAUGGUGACUCAUAUUUUUUUAUUCACUUUUGACAUAACAUCCAAAUUGAAAUUGAACAUAAUUCUUUAUUUACAGUAUAUAUUUUUCUUUAGAAAAGUAUUCAGUUAUUAUCUCAGUUUGAAUGGGUCAGUAUUCUGAAAGAAAAUAUCGUAACUCAAGGCCACAAAAUACUAAAUAUAAUGACACAAAUUGGGAAGAACAAUAUAUUUAUAAAUAUAUAUACAUACACACACACAACCUAUGUACCCGACCACAUCAUUGCUAUCAAUUACUUUGGGCUCAUUCACUACCUCAGAGCACUGAAAUAAACAUCUAGAAAUCCACCUUAAAAUGGACCAUACAAUCAUAUUCAAUCAGUUAUAAAAUCUUUAGAUUUUAUAAAUUAAAGGGAUUUCAGGAGGAAUGCAGAGCCAAUCAAACAGUUACAGAGUAUCUGGUACAAAUGUGUACUCCAACAUGGCCUAAAUUUUAUAUCUUAUGAACAAUAAUAUCAUUUUUUUGAGCAGCAAUUACUUGAGACUGCUCAAAGAUGUGUGGGCAAAAUGAUUGAUUGAUUCAAAAACAGGCCUUGUCACACAGGAUAUGGCAAUUCUGACACACAGGUUAUAGUAAUUGAUUGCUUGCAUAUGGCAAGAGUCAUAAUCAAUCUUUCUGUGUCUGUUUUUUCUCUCUUCUCUGCCAUGAUCCUUUGUUUCUUCUCUAUAGUGUAUCAGGGUUAGGACCAAGACAAGCUGCUGAUGGGAAGCUCCACAUGGGCUGCGAGCCCAUUUAGUCUGCCUUCUCUCAUUUCUGCCUAUUGUCAAAUUGAAUGUACUUCUCUGAGUUCAUAAGUUUGUGUUUUUAUUUAUUUAUUUGUUUUGUUAUUAUUAUUUUUAACCUCUUUUUGUUUCUAAAACGUGCCACUGUUUAGCUGCCUCAUGUUAAUGGUGCUAAGAAAGCUGACAAUUGUUUUCUUUACUUUAGUUUGAUUUUGGGCUUACACUUUUUUCUUUUUUCUAAUAUAUUUUUUUGGUUUUCCCAGAGUUAACAAAAAAAAGAAAUGCAAAAUAGAUUAGGUACCUAACCCUCUUUAUGAAUGUAUAUUAUAAUGUUAUGUUUGAUGUAUUCACUUCAUGAUUCUUUGACACUGAUUGGAAUUACUUUCGCUCUUUUCAUUAAAAGAUUACCGAGCUUUAUAUAUACUGUCUAGAGUUGUUACCAGAAGGAAUCUUAAUGAACUCUUGACACAACAAAAUCUUGUAUAUUUUUUGUGUGCCAAUUUGUAACAUAUUUUGUAAGUGUAUAUUUUUCUUAGAAAGUGCUGUGAAGUAUUUGUGUGUGUGAGUAACCUUUUAUGCGCCUCUGUGGGCAGUGGAAAGGAAAUACAGUGACACGUUUCUGGUUUUAAAAACCAAAAUAUGAAAGUAUCGACAGAAAAACUAGAAAUAUUUACAUUUUGUUGGGAGUUUUGUAAUAAGACCAUGAUUUUGUUGUGGGAGUGUUGUGUUACUGUGCAAAACACAAAUAAGCAAAGAAAAAAAAAUGAAAACUUGGAAAAAAUAUAAUUUGUGAACAAUUUGCUGUUUUAUAGAUUUUCAUGUAAAUUAUUUGAGUAUUAUUUUGUUUUGUUUUUGUUUUUUUUGUUGUAACUGUUGCAAAGGUUUUAAAUAUUUGUGAUCAAGCCUGUAUGGUGAUAAUGUAAUAUUGGUAACUUGCUGAGUUUUGUAAUAAUGUUUAUGGAGUAAAUAUACAAAUUAAAAUAAGA